ACUGUUUUGGAAAUAAACAAUAAAAACUUUUAUACUCAAGUUUUAGAAGAUAAUAAAAAAUAUGAAUAUUAUUUUAGCUAUAGGUAUCAAGUUGGACUAAAAUUUAGUGAUAUUGAAGAG